AUAACUGCGCAAAGAAUACGUGUUUUAUCUCGACUGCGCAUGUGCAGAGCCGCAAAAUAGCUGUCUGCGCAGAGAAGACUCUCCCACUUACCAGGAUAAGUUAAGUGGCUUCCGGCAUUUUCGAGACUCGAUCUUUCCGUCCCUAUCAGCGGCACGGAGAUCUUAGCCGCUUUUUGUAACAUCCUACUACAAAUAAUUCAACAUCUUUCUUCGGGACAGUGAAGCACAACAUCCCAAUUAAAAAAAUGACUUACAGUGGUGCAUCGUCUGGUGGUGGUGGUGGUGGAUUCCGUAGUGGUGGAGCAGGAAAAGGCGGAGCUGCUCAGCGUAGCAGCGGACCGCCGCGCAAUGGCUUCGGCGGCGGUGGAGGUGGUAAUAGGUUCGGCGGAGCACGAGGUGGAAACACUGGUGGAUCCAAUGGCCGCUUUGGAAACCGUGGGAACUCAAACAACCCUAAAACUGCAGGCAACACCCUUAAAAAACCCAACUGGGAUUACGAAAAUCUGAAACCUUUCAAGAAAGAUUUCUACAUCCCACAUUCAAACGUUUCCCAGCGAAACUACCGCGAGAUCGAUUCUUUCCGACUAGAAAAAGAAAUUACCCUUAAGGGAGAGGAAAUUCCAGACCCAAUCCAGUCUUUCGACGAAGGAAACUUCCCGGAUUACGUAAUGGAGGGAAUUAAGAGACAAGGGUUCACCGAGCCGACGGCUAUUCAGUCCCAAGGUUGGCCCAUUGCGAUGUCCGGCCGCAACAUGGUCGGUAUUGCUCAAACAGGAUCAGGAAAGACGCUUGGAUACAUCUUGCCUGCUAUCGUUCACAUCAACAACCAGCAACCUCUGAACCGUGGAGACGGACCCAUCGCUCUGGUACUUGCACCCACCAGAGAAUUGGCCCAGCAGAUCCAAACAGUCGCCAAUGAUUUUGGAUCUCUGUCUUAUGUAAGGAACACAUGCAUUUUCGGGGGAGCUCCCAAGGGCAGCCAAGCUCGUGACCUGGAACGUGGUGUUGAGAUUGUUAUUGCCACACCUGGAAGGCUUAUUGAUUUCCUCGAGCGCGGCACCACCAAUCUGCGCAGAUGCACGUACUUGGUACUCGAUGAGGCUGACCGUAUGUUGGACAUGGGAUUCGAACCACAAAUUAGAAAAAUUAUCGAGCAAAUCAGACCUGACAGACAAGUACUUAUGUGGUCUGCUACUUGGCCAAAGGAAGUCAGAAUGUUGGCUGAGGAAUAUCUCGUUGACUACACCCAAUUGAAUAUUGGAUCUCUCUCGCUCUGUGCGAACCACAACAUUCUCCAAAUUGUUGAUGUAUGCCAAGAACAUGAAAAAGAAACAAAAUUAGGAUCUUUGCUCCAAGAAAUUGGUAAUGUUAAUGAUGACGGUGGAAAAACAAUUAUCUUCGUAGAAACUAAGAAAAAAGUUGAAAAUAUUACUAGAAACAUAAGAAGAUACGGCUGGCCUGCCGUGUGUAUGCACGGAGACAAAUCACAGCAAGAACGUGAUUAUGUUCUUAGAGAAUUCAGAAACAAGAAAGGUUCAAUUCUUGUAGCAACAGACGUUGCUGCUCGUGGACUUGAUGUCGAUGAUGUUAAGUAUGUGAUCAACUUCGACUAUCCUUCCUCGUCGGAGGAUUACAUUCAUAGAAUUGGAAGAACUGGACGGUCUCAAGCCACUGGAACGAGUUACGCUUUCUUUACGCCACAAAACAGUCGACAAGCUAAAGAUUUAAUAAACGUACUCAAAGAAGCUAACCAAGUCAUCAACCCCAAGCUGUCCGAGCUCGCUAGUAAAUCCGGGGGACAUGGAGGUGGAUACGGACAAAGAAGUCGUUGGGGCUACGGUGGAGGACGUGGAGGUGGACGGGAGAACAACUUCUCCGGAGUACACAAAAGAUUCGAAGACAGAAGCAACAACUACAACAACUACAGUUGAUUAAAUAAUUCAUCGUAUGAUCGGAACGUUAACCAAAACAUAAAUACGUGGGAAUUUAAUUCGUCAUAUUCUAGAAAUUCUUUUCAAGUCUAAAGUCAAUUGAUAAUUUUCACGUAUUGGUUAUCACGCGUGCACGGUCUUUUUUGUUAACAAAAUUUUUUUCUAUUUAUAUAAAAUUAAUUAAUUCACUUCGCCAUAAUGGCAAUAAAUAAAAACAGAGUUCAAAUUUAGAAGAGGUUUAACUUAUGUUUUUUUUUCCUUUUUUUAUUUCUAUUUUUCUUACAAGAAGAAAACGAAUGUUAGUUGAAAAAAAAGCUAUUUUCGACACGAAAAAUCUUUGUGUUUAUUUAAGUAGAUACCUUUUAAGGUAAAUUUAAUUAUAAUGUCGAUACUUCAGUAUUCAUUCCAAAUCAUUGGGGUGGCUAACGAUCCAUAUGAUCUUAAUUAUUAACGAUUUUGUUAUUGAUUAUAUGUAUCAAUUUUUAAAAUAAGUGUGGCGAAAGUAUAAAAUAAAAUAAUAAAUAUAUAUCAGAUAAAAUAUCACUUAAACAACAUAAUUCAUGUAUUGACUUCAUUUACCUACAAUAAAAAAUUCACUUAAUCAUAAA